CAAGCGCACUCAUAAAUUGUAUGUACAUACAAAGCUCGAACUCGAAAUUGUUCAUUUGGUGUCUUAUUGUUAUUACUUUACUUACGUGGAUUAUUAAGAAAGCAUAACUCGUCCGAAAUGCCAAAAGUGCGGCGUAGUCGGAAAUCACCGCCAGAAGGAUGGGAAUUGAUAGAACCGACUCUCGAAGAAUUGGAACAGAAAAUGCGUGAAGCCGAAACUGAACCUCACGAAGGUAAACGCAAGCAAGAAUCUCUGUGGCCAAUUUUCAAAAUUCAUCAUCAGAAGUCUCGUUACAUCUACGAUUUGUUCUACAGACGUAAGGCAAUCAGUAGAGAGCUUUAUCAGUACUGUCUGGACGAGAAAAUAGCAGAUGCAAACCUUAUAGCUAAGUGGAAGAAGACUGGAUAUGAAAAUCUAUGUUGCUUGCGGUGUAUACAGACUAGGGAUACGAAUUUUGCCACAAACUGUAUCUGCAGGGUCCCUAAAAGCAAAUUGGAGGAGGGCAGGAUUGUUGAAUGUAUCCAUUGUGGAUGUAGAGGCUGCUCUGGGUAGUAUAAUAGUACUGAACAUUUUAGCUUGUAACUUAACUGUGAUGAAGUCACAACACUGACAAUAUUGUUACUUUCCUGGGGUAGUGACAAUACAUAUAUUUUACAAAUCACGGCUAAAUUUGAACACCUCAUCACUGUUUUAGAAUGAAAUCCACCUUUUACUCUGCAAGUGUAAUAUUGAGUAAUUAAACCUUAAACUAGAAUUUCUAGAUAAUUUCCGUACCUAAGAAGCAUUACACUGUAAGCGCCAUUUUUGUAAUUUUAUGAAGGAAGCGAUUUUGUGUUGAAAAGCAGUUUGUACGGCAAUUAGGGUAGCUCGAAAUGUUAUAAAAUUAAAUUCGUUUUAUUCCAAGCCAUUCUAGAUAUUGUACAUGCUGCAUUUCGACACAAAAUUGCAUCCCCUGUAAAAUUGCAAAAAUAACUCUUACAGUGUAAUGCUUCUCAGGUAUGGAUUUUUAGUUAUAAAAUAAAUGUAUAAUUAUAGACUUGUCAUAUAAUUUCUAGUAAUUCUGUUUUUUUGUACCUAAAAGUUUUGUUCAAAAGUUUACAUUAAUUAAGCUGACAAAAUAUAACUUCCUUAAGUUAUAAAUAUUUCAUUCAUUCAUUCAAUCAUUUUUCAGUCUUUGUUGUUAUUAUAAUCAAGUCUGACAUUACUACAGUAAUUUGAAAAAAUUUUGGUUUUCAUGGUAUACAUGGAAAACAACAAACACCAUGUAUAAUAAAUGUAUAGAAAUGCAACUCAAUCUUUCAUUUAGAAAGAUUCCAAAUUUAAAAAGAUGUUGAUUUCUCAACCAGAUACUGCAUCACUAUCUGAACAGUUUUACUAGCUGUGUUUCUGGAA